AUGGCUCCCCCUGCUGUUACCCUGGUGAAUGUGAAAACCCGCAAUGAGACUCACAUAGAGCUAGAGUGGACCAAAGUCAACAACAUCAACACUUACGCACUGAAAUCGAGCGAUGAACCAGAAACCCCCAUCACUGGAUUAGACGGGAACACAGUGACACACACUGUGUCAUCUCUCUCUGCUGGAACAAAAUACUCGUUCACUCUCUUCACGGUGUUAGAGGAACUGAGAAGCACAGGAUUUGAGUUCCCAGCAGUUACAGCUCCCCCUGCUGUUACCCUGGUGAUUGUGAAAACCCGCUCUGAGACUGAUAUAGAGCUAGAGUGGACCAAAGUCAGCGACAUCAACCCUUAUACUUACAUAUUGAAACGGACCGGUGGAACAGAUACCCCCAUCCCUGGACCAGCUGGGAACAAAGUGACUCACACAGUGUCAUCUCUCUCUGCUGGAACAGAAUACUCGUUCACUCUCUUCACAGUGUUUGAGGACGCGAGAAGCACAGGACAUGACUUCUCAGAAGUUACAGCUCCCUCUAAUGUUGCCCUGGUGAAUGUGAAAACCCGCAAUGAGACUCACAUAGAGCUAGAGUGGACCAAAGUCAACAACAUCAACACUUACGCACUGAAAUCGAGCGAUGAAACAGAAACCCCCAUCACUGGAUUAGAUGGGAGCACAGCAGUGACACACACAGUGUCAUCUCUCUCUGCUGGAACAAAAUACUCGUUCACUCUCUUCACGGUGUUUGAGGGAGUGAGAAGCACAGGAUUUGAGUUCCCAGCAGUUACAGGUAUGUCUCUUUUUUUGAUUGCGAAAUUUCAAGGAAGUUGCUUUUUUUCUUCCCAACACUUGAAAACCUGUGUCAGCUAGCUCAUAAUAAAUUACACUGUGUAAUGUAUAUCUAGCAUGUCGCCAACAACAUUUUAUUAGAUUACUCAUACUCUACAUUCAAAAGCU